CCAGCCGCUGCCUUGUUCCACCGUUACUUAUAUUUUUCUCCUGCAGUUUGUCCCAACUCUCGCUCGCAUCUGGUUAGUUCCAAAAAACUAUUCAACUCUGGAACUGGCCCCACGACGAAGCUACCGGGAACCGGGCCGGGAAGUGUCAGGAUAGGUGGUGCUAGGCAGGGGCUGCAGACAGAGUCGAAAGUGUGGGAAGCAGCCCCCCAGGCACCACCCGCCCCCACGCUUGCCGACCGCCCACUGGGAGCCGGGUGGGUGGGAAGGAGGCGCCAAGAAGCCGCGGACGAACGGCGUGCGGACGGGUCUUACGACUCGGUGCGCCCUGCCCGGGCCAGGGGCGUGGCUCGUGGUGGGCGUGGCUCGGCGGCGGGGCGGGGCGGGGCCGGGCCGCGGGCCCAGGGAUCCAGCGGGAGAUCGCGGCUUGCUCAGCCUCCUGGUUCUGCCUGCUGAUGCUUCGCUUUUGUCAACCGGGCAAAGUAGCACAACAGGAUUUCAUAUCGACUCCAAAUAUUGCCUAGAUUCAAGAUGAAUAGCGAUCAGGUUGUGCUGGUUGGUCAAGUGUUUGAAUCGUAUGUGUCGGAAUACCAUAAGAAUGAUAUUCUUCUAAUCUUGAAGGAAGGAGAUGAAGAUGCUCAUUACCCAGUUGUGGUUAAUGCAAUGACUCUUUUUGAGACCAACAUGGAAAUUGGGGAAUAUUUCAACGCAUUCCCCAAUGAAGUACUAACUGUUUUUGAUAGUGCUCUGCAAAGAUCAGCCUUGACAAUUCUCCAGUCCCUUUCCCAGCCAGAGGGUGUCUCUAUGAAGCAGAAUCUUCAUGCCAGGAUAUCAGGAUUGCCCGUUUGUCCUGAGCUGGUAAGGGAGCACAUCCCUAAAACCAAGGAUGUGGGACACUUUUUAUCUGUCACUGGGACAGUGAUUCGAACAAGUCUGGUGAAGAUCCUGGAGUUUGAGCGGGAAUACAUGUGUAACAAAUGCAAGCAUGCAUUUGUGGUAAAGGCUGACUUUGAGCAGUAUUAUGUUUUUUGCCGUCCAUCUUCAUGUCCCAGCUCAGAGAACUGUGAUUCUUCAAAAUUUACUUGCCUCUCAGGCUCAGCUUCAUCUCCAGUCAGGUGUAGAGAUUAUCAGGAAAUCAAAAUUCAGGAACAGGUUCAAAGGCUAUCUGUUGGCAGUAUUCCACGAUCUAUGAAGGUUAUCCUGGAAGACGACUUAGUUGACAGUUGCAAAUCUGGCGAUGAUCUCACUAUUUACGGAGUUGUAAUGCAGCGAUGGAAGCCCUUUCAGCCAGAUGUACGUUGUGAAGUGGAGAUAGUCCUAAAAGCCAAUUAUGUCCAAGUAAAUAAUGAGCAGUCUGCGGGGAUCAUCAUGGAUGAGGAGGUCCAGAAAGAAUUUGAAGAUUUCUGGGAAUACUACAAGAGCAAUCCCUUUGCAGGAAGAAAUGAAAUAUUGGCAAGCUUAUGCCCUCAAGUUUUUGGGAUGUAUCUGGUAAAGCUUGCUGUGGCCAUGGUGCUGGCUGGUGGGAUUCAGAGGACCGAUGCCACAGGAACACGGGUCAGAGGUGAAUCUCACCUUUUAUUGGUCGGGGAUCCUGGUACAGGGAAAUCUCAGUUCCUCAAAUAUGCAGCAAAGAUUACACCAAGAUCUGUGCUCACCACAGGAAUUGGAUCUACUAGCGCAGGUCUGACGGUAACUGCUGUGAAAGACUCAGGAGAGUGGAAUUUGGAGGCUGGGGCCCUGGUACUGGCAGAUGCAGGCCUUUGCUGUAUCGACGAGUUUAAUAGCCUCAAAGAGCAUGAUAGAACCAGUAUCCACGAAGCAAUGGAGCAACAGACCAUAAGUGUUGCUAAAGCUGGCCUCGUGUGCAAGCUGAACACAAGGGCCACCAUCCUGGCAGCAACUAACCCGAAAGGCCAGUACGACCCCUGUGAGUCCGUGUCUGUGAACAUCGCCCUUGGCAGCCCGCUUCUAAGUCGAUUUGACCUGAUCCUGGUAUUGCUUGAUACCAGGAAUGAAGACUGGGAUCGUAUAAUUUCCUCCUUUAUCUUAGAAAACAAAGGUUACCCAAGCAAAUCAGAGAAGCUCUGGAGCAUGGAAAAGAUGAAAACCUACUUCUGCCUUAUUAGGAAUCUCCAGCCCACACUGUCUGACGUGGGUAAUCAAGUCCUUCUCCGCUACUACCAGAUGCAAAGGCAGAGUGAUUCCCGGAAUGCUGCUCGGACAACCAUCCGCCUAUUGGAAAGCUUGAUUCGAUUAGCAGAAGCUCAUGCUCGCCUGAUGUUCCGCCGCACCGUGACUCUGGAAGACGCUGUGACAGUGGUGUCGGUCAUGGAGUCCUCCAUGCAGGGAGGUUCACUGCUAGGAGGUGUAAAUGCACUGCAUACUUCCUUUCCUGAAAACCCUCUGGAGCAGUACCAGAGGCAGUGUGAACUUAUUCUGGAAAAGCUGGAACUAUACGACCUCUUGAAUGAAGAGCUAAGAAGACUUGAAAGGUUACAGAAUCAGUGUGUGUCCCAAUUCCAGCCACAGGCAACAGAGGCAGAGACUAUUCCAGGAUCCUCAAGAAAUGAUCCAGGGGAAGAAUCGAAGUUUAGAACAUCAACACAGCAGGAAAUGAAUUGUAGCAAGCAUAGGUCCUCUACUGCAGGCAUUGCUGAGGCAAGCCCACUUCUCAACCCCCGAUCCCAUCUGGGGCCUAAUGGAUCCACAAGUAGAAAACAUUCAAACAAGCACAAAAAUAGCAGAGAUGACAGUUUGGACUGGUUUGACUCCAUUGCAGCUCAUCAGAUUGAACCCACUGUUCCUCUAUUUCAUAGUCCUAAAACAACUGGAGGGGAAAUGGCUUUGAAAAUCUCCAACAACAAAUCUCAGGGUGAGGAAAAGAAUGAGCCAGGCCAGAGGAGCAGAUUGGAAACAGGACAGCUUCCAGCACUGGGAGAGGCAGAAGCUCCACUGAGGCCAGACAGUGUUGAGGGUAACAAGGUGAAAAAGGCAGCCGAUGUUUCUGAAGGAGCACUGUCUGCCAAUGAGGCCAGCCCAGUCCUGACUCAUCACGUCCCCAGGAAACUGCACACGCUGUGCAAGCAGAGGGCCCAGGAGUUGUGCAGGAAUCUCCCCAGGGCGUCUUCACAGCCCACAAGCCCUUCUCAUCCUCUGCCCAUUCCUGUGCGUAGCCCAGAAAGGACGCUGGAGACUCCCAAAAGGAAGAGACAGAAACUCCCUGCUCAGGUGGAAGAGCCCGGACUUGAAAGGACUGGGAGUCAGGGUCCCUCAGUGGCCAAACUGGCAAAAUUUACUUUCAAACAGAGGUCAAAACUGAUGCACCCCCCUGAAGACCACGGCCCUCUGUCCCGUGGCACGCCUGAGACCUCAGUUCAGAGUGCGAGAAAUCCCCAACAGGGAGCAGCAAGAGGAGCAGCUCAGUCUGGGGCGGACCCCGAGAAGUUGGCCGGUUCCCUGGGAAACAAGAGCUUGGCUCAGCGGCAGCGGGAGGCAAGGUUGCAGGCAUCCCUGCAGCCACCAGGGAAAGCGGGGUCAAGGGACCAGGGGCAACGUGUUCCGGAAAAGAGAACUGUUCAGCCCGAGUUGGAGCUUGGGAAUGAGCCUGGGCGUUUUCAUCUUACUUGUGAAAGAGACAGAAGGGAAGAGGUUUCAUGCAGGAACAAAAGGGGCAAGGUUCACGCUUGCACAUUAGCCAAAUUGGCCGACUUCUCCUUUACUUCCUCCUCUGAAUCCAAAUCAGAAUCCCCUCCUCCUCCUGACCGUGAGGACCAGAAAGUCCUAAGACCUCCUGCAGCUACAGCUACUGGGCUUGGCAGGAAGAGGGAAACUUUUCAGUUGGAAGGGUCUACUGAGAGACUGACUCUUUCCACAAAAUCUCUCUUUACUUUACCAGAAUUAGGUGAUGAGGCGUUGGAUUUUGACUGGGAUGAAGAAAUGAGAAAAAAGCCAUAAUCACAAAAAGCCUUGUGGUCUUAUUUCACCACACCUCCCCUGCAGCUCAACAUAGCACCUUCUUUACAGUGCCAAUGUGGUGUUGAUGUAUGUAUAGAACUCGUGGCCAUUUGAGCACCAAACCAGCUUCCUAUCAGGUUGUAUGAUUUCAGGUUUAUCUUCAUAACUUGAAAAGAUGUAUAAUCAAUGUAACUCACUGUGAUACCAGCACUUAAAUUGAAUUAAUUCACAUUGUGCUUAAUUUUGCAAACAGAGUACUUAUGUUCCCAAAGACUUUGUUUGGGUUUGGUUUGAGUGCUGGGCGGGGCCUGGGGGUGGAGUGAGGUUCCCAAGAUCCCUUCUUUCAUUCACUCCGGAACAAAUGCUGGGAAGAUAGGGUUCAUAAAGCUUACAAGUUAGGUGGACUCUUUUUCUAUUUUUUCCUUUGUUUUUUGUUUUUCUUUCACCCAAGAUGUGCUAAAUGUGGUGAACAGUUUUGAUUUGCCAGAAUCAUGUGAUUUUUCUAAUACGAUUUGUCUUUAUUCUCAUGUGUCAGAUUUAAUGUGACUAGUGCUUUUCUUUCUUUGAGAGGUACCCUCACAAUUCCACAGUAUCUGAAGAUCUAGCAACUGGUCAGAUAGUAGCUCUCUGAAGUACUGACUUUUUGAGUUUUCCUUUCUUGAGCCAACAUUUGUGCUUCAGAUUCUUAGUCUAUUUUGGGGACUUACCUUCAACACUACUUCAAGACUGGUGUGAAGUAGCCACAAUCAUACAUGAGGGCAUCUAUCUAAGCGGUUAUUGUGGAAAUGUGAUUCCUACCAAGUUAUGAAUCCUUUGUCUUUAAAGCCAGCAAAUGACUGUGUUUGGUAGGAAUAGACAACUCAAGCUUUGUCUUAAGUCCUUUUAAAAUCACUUCUUCACUUGCAUUCUAGCAGCGGCUGUUAAGAUUCAUAAUUGGAGACUUUCUCUUCUGAAGUAUUAAUUUGUAAAAUAAUAAUUAGUAGAUUCUUUCAUUUUCUGAGGCAUUUUAGACAUGAAUAAUAUUCAACACUGAAAGUACUAAAUACUCAAUACUAAAUUUAUUGAUCACUUCAUUAAAUUUAUGUAGAAAAAAAUUGAUGAACCCCAAUUUUUCUUGAACAUUUAAACACUAAUUCCAAAAUAACCUAUUAAUUUUCUGAAAAUAUUAAACUAUGAGUGCAAAUUCAGUAUGGAUGAUCUUUUGAAACCUUCAUACACCUUAAAUAGCUGAUGAAAGACUUACAUAAGCAGUGAUUAUGAAAAUUUAUUAUUGCACGUUCACUUAAAUCUGUUCUUGUACAUCAAAACUAUGAUUUAGGUAAUUUCUUCAUUAUUUCUGUGUAUACUUAAUAACAUUCCAGUGUAAUAUGAUUCUUAAUGGGGUACAUUCCUCAUCUUUUAGUGUUGGUACUUCCCUGAGUUUCAGUAUUCUUACUAAAACUAGAAAAAGAAAGAAUCUGUGUUAUUGACCACUUAAAUCUUGGUGUGGACAUGGUCUGAUUGUGACCAGGGUAAUUCAAAUCUAAGCCACAGUGUUGAGCUGCCAUUUUAUAGUCAACUCUUAAGUUCCCUUCUUAAUAAAUGUUUAUCUUUGAAACUUGGUAUCUUUUGCAGUAAUGGUGUAUUAAGCUUUGCAUGGCUGACAGUUCUAACCUACUGGCUUGUCCUUAGGAUAUUUCAAUCUGUUCUGUUUCAUCAUUUGAAAUGGUUGUAUCCUUUUUGGGAAUGUUGAUUCUAGAGCUUUCAUUUGAGUAAUGAAGGAUUUAGUUUAUGUUUAACUUGUCUCUUCAUGACAUUGAAUAAUUCAUAUUUUAGAAUAUAGUGUUGAAUUGUCUCUUUUCCUUUGUUAUUGUUUAUGACCACCUGUGUCACCUUCUACCUGGUUAUUAUUUGUACUCGUCAUACAUCCUAUUAUUUGUACUGAUAAAUCUACCCUAUUUUUUAUUUUAGUACUUUCUUAUGCCAGGAUCAUUUGACCAAAUUACAACUUCCAUGUGUUUAUUCUAUGAUCCUUACCCACAUAGAAAUAACUACAUAUGUAAAUAUUAUAAGCAGAUAUAAUUAUUAAAAGAAAUAUUCAGAAUGAGUGCUCUCCUGCUUAUUAAUAAUUAAACUUCUAUCGCAAUCUA